CGGGUAGUUGGCUCAAACACAAGAGCCAGCACACAUAUGCUGUGGUGCUGUUCUUGUGCGGCUCAUUGCCAGUCUUAGCGGCGAUGAUGCCGCAGCUCUUUUGUUUUGCACUACUUUUAUCCACUUUUCUCCUCACUCUCUCCGUUAUUUUUGCCUGAGAAUGACGCUGAGAAUUUGCUUGUGAUGUUUUCACUCUAAAUAACGAGUGACUUGUUCUUUUUUUUUUUUUUUUUAAAUAUUAUUUUGGUAUAUGGUUUGGCUUAGGGUUAUUUGGAAGCGGAUUUGAACGCCGAUUUUGGGACCGAUGGGUCUAAAUUGCAGUAACGAACGCAGUAUGUUUGGAGGAUCCUAAUUGUGGUGACGCACGGACUGCGCCAAUGGAGAGCUUUUUGAACCAAAGUGACUUGUGGCCGGUGAACAACUCAUGGUCCUCCGAGCCGAACCAGACGAACCCCUUGAAAAGGAACGAGGAGGUGGCCAAGGUGGAAGUGACCGUCCUCGCCCUGAUUCUCUUCCUGGCGCUCACCGGCAACCUGUGCGUCCUGGCGGCCAUUCGCAGCGCCAAGCACAGCCAGUCGCGCAUGUACUACUUCAUGAAGCACUUGAGCAUCGCCGAUCUAGUGGUGGCCGUAUUCCAGGUCCUGCCCCAACUCAUCUGGAAAAUCACCUUCCGCUUCUACGCCCCGGAUCUGCUGUGCAGGCUGGUCAAGUACCUGCAGGUGGUGGGCAUGUUCGCCUCCACCUACAUGCUGGUGCUCAUGUCCGUGGACAGAUGCCUGGCUAUCUGCCAGCCUCUGCGCUCCCUGCACAGGAGGAAGGACCGCUUUUACGUGGUGUUCUCCUGGAGCCUCAGCAUGCUCCUCAGCCUGCCGCAAAUGUUCAUCUUCUCCCUCAGGGAGGUGGGAGCGACCGGUUCCGGGGUCUAUGACUGCUGGGGCGACUUCAUCAUCCCGUGGGGGGCCAAGGCGUACAUCACGUGGAUCAGCUUGACCAUCUACAUCAUCCCGGUGGGAAUCCUGAGCGUGUGCUAUGGUCUGAUCAGUUUCAAAAUAUGGCAGAACUUUAAGAUGAAGACCAGGCGGGAGCAAUGCAUCAGCCUGACACCCAAGAGCCGCAAUGGUACCAACGCGUUGGCGCGCGUGAGCAGCGUCAAACUCAUUUCCAAGGCCAAGAUGACCACCGUCAAGAUGACGUUUGUCAUCGUGCUGGCGUACAUCGUGUGCUGGACUCCCUUCUUCUCCGUGCAGAUGUGGUCUGCGUGGGAUCCUGCAGCCCCACGUGAGGUGAUGCCCUUCAUCAUCUCCAUGCUGCUGGCCAGCCUCAACAGUUGCUGCAACCCGUGGAUCUACAUGUGUUUCGCGGGGCACCUCUUCCAUGACCUGCGGCAGAACUUUCUCUGCUGCCCGGCGCGCUACCUCAAGUCGUCGCGGUGUCGUUGCGAGCGCGACUUGGACUGCAGUCACAAGAGCAUCUCGUCCACCUUGGUCAUUAAGAGUACGGGCAGCCAGAAGAGCAUCACGCAGACAUCCAGCACGUGAGCACUCAGCCGGGCAAGUAAACAAAAGAUUAUUUUCGCUCAUGAAAGAGAAAUGUGAAUUAUUUUAAUCACAGUACAGCCAUUUAUGCUGUGAAUAGAAAAUAAAUAUAAUGUUUGAGUGCAAUGAAUAUCUUCAGGAUAUAGGCCAAGCAAUCAACAUUUGUUUGCUUAUUGUUAUGUUUUGUACAGUGUACACAUAUACCAGCCAUAAUAUUAGGUACACCUGCACAAUCUACGCAAUAGUAUUUGAGUUGUUUUACAAAUUUUGAAACGCUAUCUUUUGAUUGACACUGUCAGAGAACAAGUGGCGGAGCUACAGGGAGAUCACAAGGGGCACUGACUCCCCCCUCCAAAAUAUGCUUCGACACCACUGGUACCAGACCAGAUAAUUUACUUGUAGGUGUUUUUUAUUUUUGCUUUCGUUUCCCACAUUUUCACCCACCCCUUGAAGCAAAUAUAAAAUAAAUCUUUAUCAGCAUUUUCCGAAGAAUCACUCAAAAUGAUCCAACCCCCCUCCAGAUUCAUAAAAUCAAAAUUGACAAAUUACUGCUUGCAAUGGUGUGUAAUUUUAAUAGUUGUUUUGUUGUCAGUUGAUAAAUGUUUGAAGGCAUUUCAAAAAGAUAUUGCAACAGCGGUGCACACCGUGGAAUUCUUUAAUAAUUAUUGAAGUUUUGUAUGAAUCUAAUAUUGUGCACAUGUGUAAACUACAUACUUGGCGGGCAGACAAUGUAAAAGAAAGUGCAGCUGAGAGCAUGAAACGUGUGUUUAUGUGAGUAAUCAUGUGCCAUGUUGUUCACUUUGUUGCAUCUGCAGUUGAUUGCAUAAGUGUCAAAUAUUUAUACACUGUAAUGUGAGGUGUGAAAACUGUCAUUUAAAAAUUCUUAAAAGAGAAUAAAGUGCAAAAAGAGGA